CCGGCGGCGGUUCGUGCGCGUGCGAUGCUGGGGCGGCAUGUUUCCCGGGUCAGGGCACUGUACCGGCGCCUCUUGCAGCUGCACCGGGUCCUGCCCCCGGACCUCAAGGCCCUGGGCGACCAGUACGUGAGAGACGAGUUCCGGAGGCACAAGGCUGCGGGGCCUGCCGAGGCGCGACGCUUCUUGCAGGAGUGGGAGGUGUAUGCAACAGUGUUGUGGCAACAAGCUAACGAAAACAGACAAAAUUCAACAGAAAAAGCAUGUUUUGGCACCUCCCUCCCAGAGGAAAAACUUAAUGACUUUCAUGAUGAACAGAUUGGACAAUUGCAGGAGCUGAUGCUGGAAGCCACUAAACCCAGUAGACAGUUUAGUAUUCCUGAGUCUACAGAACCAAAAAUUUAGUCUAUACAAUAAAGCUUAACAAAGCAUGUAAAAUUCAGAACUUCUUAUUUUAAGUAUCAUUUGUUUAAAAAAUUUAUUUCAGCUUUGAGAAUGCCUGGUGUUAAUGAAACAGUUUUUAUUUUUAGAUAUUAUGAAUAUAAUUUAUGGAUAGGGUUCACUAGUGAUAACUGAAAAACUUUAUAACAUUGCUGGAAUAACAGCACUUGCUGGAUGGAACUCAGUUUUUUAGCUAAACAGAAAGAGUAGCUCUACAAUGAACAGACUUCUGAAAUUCUGCUGAAAACGUUUUCUUAUAUAAGUUUGUUUAAAAUGCUGUUCUUGUUCAAGUAUUAAUGGCUUUUCUUUAGCUUUAUCAGAGAUGUAUAUCAUGAUAGGUAUAGAAUUCCAACAAGGUUAUUGUUUAAAUAUAUUGUUAUUCUGAAUGUUUCAUCAUUUAUACUUUAAUAAUACAUACAUGGAUUUUCUUCUGAAUGGCUUCUCUUCCUGAGUCAUUGUUAAGGACUUUUAAAGAGAAGCUUUAAGAUACACUAUUAUAUUAUCAUUUGUGUAAUAGAUUAUGCAAAGUAUAAUACGUUGCUACAGUGUAGUUUUUGUUAGCAAAUGAUUUAAAUAAUUCAUGAUUACCUUGAGAAUUUAUUGCCUAAUGGUUGGGGAGUUUAUGUUCAUAAAUUUAUCUUACACUUAAGUUGAUUUAUAAAUUUUUAAAAAUCAAAUGGUUAUCCCAUUCACAUCAUAGAAUGUUAAUUAAAAAUAUUACAAGCUAAAA